CAGCGCGAAGGCGGCGAAGAGCGGCCUACUUUAUAUUUGAUAACUUCUGCACAUCAUAUCAUGGACACAGAACAGAUUAUGGAGAGCCAGCCACAGGUUCCAGAAAAUCCUCAUGCAGAAUAUGGUCUUGCAGAAAACGUAGAGCGGAUAGCAGAAAAUGAAAAGGCUGCUGCAGAGAAGACAUCAAAACAGAAGGUGGAUCUUCAGUCGUUACCUACACGUGCCUAUCUGGAUCAGACAGUUGUGCCUAUCUUGCUACAAGGUCUUGCAGUGCUUGCAAAAGAGAGGCCACCAAAUCCUAUUGAAUUCCUAGCAACGUAUCUGUUAAAAAAUAAGGCACAGUUUGAGGACCGAAAUUAAUUCCUUUGGAAGACGACCACUUGACUGCUCAGCGUAUAUGCUUAAAUAAUCAUGAAUCAUUGUCUGAUGUAUAAAUCCUACCAAAACCAAAAAUGUCAUUCUCAUACCACUUCUUUAGCCUUUUUUUCCAAUUAUUUAAUAAAGUACUUUACAUUUUA